ACGAAGCAGUUGUUGAACUACAGCAACAGCAGCAGCAGGUUGCGCGUCGUGUUUACACACAAACACGAAUACGAAACACUCACACACACAACAAACAAUUCACAUACACUGAAUUCGCUCGCACACACACUGCUGUGUUAAACAUUCGCAGUGCCAGCUCAGAGGCAAAACGACGGCGUCGCGCGAUCGCAACAGAAACGACAACUACAAAAACAACAACGACAACGACAGCGGCCCCAUUGGAGGAGCUCUGGAGAUUGUCGCCGUCGUCGCAGUCACAGUCGCAGUCUCGCAUUCGCAGUGUGCGCGUUUUCGUUAAGCGUCGCUCUCGUUUCGUUCGUACGUUCGUUUGGUUUGUUUCGUUUAGUUUCGAUUUGGUGGAUUUUGGAAUCAGAUUCGAAUUCAGAUUCAGAUUUAAAGUGUGGCGUUGAAUUACAACAAAGCACAAGUGGCUCGCAUUAUUUCCAUUGUGUUUUUUACAAGUGCUCUCCCCUCAGAGUGUGUGUGUGUGUGAGUUUAUAUGUAUAUUUGGAAACCAAAAAUUCUGCAGUGACUUCAACAAGUUGCUGCUGGUCAAAAUAAAUAGCCCCACAGAAAGUUGCGACCCAGCAACAACUCUAAAACAACUACAACUACAACGACAACUCUACAACUACAACUACGACAACUACAAAUACACAAGCAAGCAAGCAAACGGCAUUCUUUCGCGCAACAACAAAAAGCAGUUGCCAAAGAGAGCACACAGCACACAAAUACGAAUACAAGCACACAUGCACAACAACAUCAUAAACGGCAGCGCUCUCCCUUGCUCUCGCUGUAUGCGUGUGUGUGUGUGCAUGUGCAGCGACCCACAGCAACAACAAUUUUGAUUAAAUCGUAUUUGUGCCGCGUUGCCCCUUCCCAUUACCCCCUUCAAACUCCUUGUUCGCGCUCUCUUUGCGUCGCGCACCAACAAAAACAACAUCGACAGAGCGCCCACACAAUCGCCAAGUGAGAGCCGCUGGAAUGUGGCCCGACGUCGCCGUCGUCGUAGACUGCGCAGUCGCAGCGCGUUGUUAGUGUUUGACGAAGAGGUCAGCGCAGCGCAGCAAAGCAAAGCAAUAGCUUGUUGGCUGCCGACAACAACAAAACAAAUACAAUACAAUUUAAUUGAUUGUCAGUGCAAAAUUACAAAUAAGUAAAAGAAACAAAAGAAAGUUUGUUAAAGAUAUUAUUUGUGCUAGAAAUACGUAAGCGUCGCUCGAUUACUUUGGAUUACGCGCUUAAGGCGCCGCUCCUGGGCUACAAAACUACAAUAGCAGCAGCAGCAACAGCAAAAACUAAAACAACAACAAUAAUGCCGACAACUGCAGCGACCUUCGUUGGCAGUGCAUAAGCAACAUAUUUCGAACGCGCGCGCUGGAUACGGAAAAUGAUGCAGCAUGCGAGCAUUUUGCACCGUCAGCGCGCCCCUGGAAGUAUGCGCGUCCUCAGCCGAGCAACUGUCACCCGGCUCCCGAUUCCUGGCACUGAGACUUCUGGGCCAACAGCAGCCGAAAACUCUGUACUUCCUAGUCGAUGCAAAGAGUCGAGUCCGAGAGGUUUACACGCAGACAUGUCUGCACUUUGCCACGCAGGGCAUGCAAGACACCGAGCUCUUUGGUCUGGCCGUGCUCAUAGAUGGCGAGUACAUGUUUGCAGAUCCCGAGAGCAAGCUCUCCAAAUACGGCCCGAAGAGCUGGCGAUCCUCGCACACACACGGCCUGGAUGCCAAUGGACGACCUCUCCUGGAGCUACACUUUCGCGUGCAGUUCUACAUCGAGAGUCCGUUCAUGCUGAAAGAUGAGACGUCGAGACACAACUAUUACCUGCAGCUGCGCCAUAAUGUGCUGCAGCGCGAGUUGCCACGCGAUCAUGGUGAUCAGGCGAUGUUCCUGCUCGCUGGUCUCGCGUUGCAAGCGGAUCUGGGUGAUGCGCCCAGUGCAGGAGCCACCACAACGACGACGACACCAUCGACAACAUCAACAGCAGCAGCAUCCACAACAGGAACCACAAACAAUCAACCAAAGGAGAAGUCAAACGAGGAGGAGGAGGAAGAGGCGAUCAGAGAGGGAGCGGGAGCACUUGCCGCGGGACGUAGUCGAGCCACGGCAAUGACGACGACGCUGCCAAAGAUCAGAAAGCGUCUGAGCAGCUACAAUGAGCGCAUGCUGCGCCUGUCCACGUACGUGACGUCCACAAGUCAAGCGGCUGCGAAGCGGGAACACAAUGCUUCCUCAUCGAACGCCAAUGUCGUCCCCGUUGCCGCGGCGAGCUCCUCGGACUACUUUCGUCUGGAUGAUUACCUGCCCCCAGUGUUGCAGACGGCGUGGGCAAAAACCGCUUUGCGUGCCUGCCACCGGGAGCAUCAAGGAUUAGCUUCAGCGGAGGCGGAACUGCUGUACAUUCAGCAGGCGUGCAAUCUUCACGAGACAAUCAAUGCGCACACGUUCCGUAUGCGGCUGGCGAAGAGCGAGGCGGGUGUGGGCAGCGCCUGGUUUGUCAUCUAUGCGAAAGGUAUCAAGAUCCUUGGAGGGGCAGCCACCGAACCAGCCACAUUCCUUUGGCCCAACAUUACGAAGCUAUCGUUUGAGCGUAAGAAGUUCGAGAUACGCUCGGGAGAAAGUCGCAUAACGCUCUACGCAGCUUCGGAUGAAAAGAACAAGCUGCUGCUGACGCUGUGCAAGGACACCCAUCAGUGGAGCAUGAAGCUAGCGGCGCGUUUGAAGGAAGUGAGCAAGCGCGAGGAAGAGGAGGCGGAGUCCCAUUGUCUGCACGCCAGCUACGCCUGCUCCCGUAGUCUGCUGCUGCCGUAUAAGAGCAAGAAUGAGCAGCGCAUAUCGGUCAUCUCGAGCACCAGUUCCAACACCACGUCGGGCAUUGUCAGCGAUCGCGUGCACUCUGAGGAUGAGCUGGAGAUCAUGAUCAAUACGCCGCCAGCGCCACUCGCAGCGCCCUCAACGGAGAGUCUGGCGUUGGCCCAUCUGCUGGACAGGCCCAGUGUGAGCAGGCAAACCUCUUCGGUGGGGCAGAUGUCGCUGAAGGAUCUGGAAGAGCAACUGGCCGCCCUGAGCGUGGUCAAUGUUCGUCCGAGCGAAACUCUAGCCAGCUGCAGUGCGCCAUCUUCAUCCACGACUACCGCAGGGAAUGCUUUGAUUAGCAACUCGGGCAGCCAGCGCACGAAUGGCAGCAACACCAUCAGCGUUGUCAGCAAUGCCAACGACUCUUCCACGGCCACAGACUCGCCCAGUUCGCAGCACAACAUUGGAUCGCAGUGCUCGUCGACGUGCAGCACUGUGGUGGUCACAACUCCGGCACCCGCUGUCGUUCAUUCCACGUCGUCCAGCCUGGAGCUGGGCUUCAGUCACACAGCACAAAACUCCGCGCUCAGCGAGUCCAAUCCCGAUGACUUUCUGCCUUCCUCGGUACGUGAUGAGACGGAGAGCGUGUCUGGCGUCUCCGGUGUCUAUACGCUAGCUCACGGCAUGGCGCCGCCCACGGAAACUUCGGGUGUUUAUACCAUGCAUAGCAGCGAGCUAACCGGACAGUCCUCUGAGCUGGCCGAGUCCGAAAAGAGUUCACACUACGGAAUUUUUCAGCCCGCCAAGGGCGAGGUCAGCCAUACGCAUAGCGACUCGGUGGACGGCAAUGCUUCAUCGGUGAAAAAGUGCAACGAGUUCCGGCUGCGCUCCGAUUCGAACAUCAGCACAAGCAGUUCGUUUCGCGGCGAUGGCAGCGAUCCCACAGACAACAAGCAUACGCUGCUCUCCGCCGAGGAGCUGACCAAUUUGAUAGUCGGACGCGGCACUUAUCCCAGUCGGAAGACCGUUUCAAGUACCCUACACUCGGACUGCGACUAUGUCACACUGCCCCUGGAGGUCGGAGGAGCAUCGGUAGAGGAACUGCAACCCGAACUGCCGCCAGCACCGCCGCCAUACAGUGCCCGACACGAAAAGACCGGACUGUGCGGUCCGCCAGUUGUGCCACCACCUCCUGUGCCACCCAUGCCCAAGCCGGUGAGUGUGGCGUCCAAACCGGAACCACCAGCGCUGCCAGCACCACCUCCAGUAGUCCCAGUGGCAGCUCCGCCACCACCGCCGCCUACUUCGUUGCGUCGUCGCGAUCCUCCGCCGUAUCCUACGUCCCUGAAACCGCGUCCCACCUCGCUCAUCUCGAUGGCAUCCUCUGCAGCGCCAGCGCCCAGUGCCGCCGGCUCGUUGAGUUCGCUAAAGUCCGAGGAGGUAACCGCACGUUUUAUUACGACCCGACCACAGAUCAACAUCCUCAAGGCGCACACCAGUCUGCUGCCGGAUGGUGCCAAGCCCAGCUAUGCAGCGCCAACGCAUUAUUCCUCCGCUGCCUCCUCCAGCGGAUCGGUGUGCAGUCACCAGUUGUCGCAGCAGUCGCUACACAACUCCAACUAUGCUGGCGGAUCGCAGGCAUCGCUGCAUCAUCACCAUCAUGCACAUGGACACGGUGGCCAUCAUGCUCAUCACCAUCGUCACUCGGGUUCGGCGGCCAUUGGCAUACCGAUAGUUCCUUAUGGGUUGCAUCACAAGAGCACCGCCUCGUUGCAUCAUCAGCCGCAGCCACCGCCGCAGCAAGCUUGUGUGCUGCUGCCCGUGAUCAAGCCACGUCAAUUUCUGCCGCCGCCACCGCCCAGUUUGCCCCGACAGCCGCCACCACCGCCGCCGCCCUCGCAUCCCCAUCUCGCGGGUCUCUACAGCAGUCAGUUGGCGCGCAAUCAACUGGAGCUGUACCAGCAGCAGAUGUACAGUGAUGUCGACUACGUCAUCUACCCCAUACAGGACCCGGCCGUCAGCCAGCAGGAAUACCUAGACGCUAAGCAGAGCUCGCUGCUUGCCGCCAUGGCGCAGGCUCAGGCCCAAGCUCAAGCCCAUUCCCAGGUGCAGUCGCCAGGACAGGCGCCGCAUCCAUAUCUAGCCUAUUCCGCUGGCUGGGAUACGUGCAAAGGACACGCCAUCUAUCGAAGCACACCCUACCUGCCCCUGGCACUGUCCACGCACUCGCGUUACGCCUCCACGCAGAACCUAUCCGACACUUAUGUGCAACUACCGGGAGCGGGUUACUCGCCGCUUUACUCCCCCUCGAUGGCCAGUUUGUGCAGUUCGUACGAACCACCGCCACCGCCUCCAUUGCAUCCGGCAGCUCUAGCGGCGGCCGCAGCGGCAAACGCUUCCAGCCUCUUUGCGCGAUCACGAUCAGACGAUAACAUUCUGAACUCGCUCGACUCGUUGCCUAUGCCAAAAGUGAAGCGUUUGCCGCCGCCACCGCCGCCGCCGUACGUCAAUCGACUGAAGAAGCCGCCGAUGCCAGCGCCCAGCGAGCAACCGCCGCCAAUUCCCUCGAAGCCAGUUUCCCAUGCCACGCUGAGCAUGCUGCCGCCCAGGAAACCGCUCACUUUGAAUCCCCACAAUGCCAACAGUCCGCUGAUCAAAACCUCCAGCGGCGCCCAGUGGGCCGGAGAGCGUCCCAAGCCCGAUCUAGGCCUAGGCUUAAAUCGUGGCAAUAGCAACAGCAUUCUAGCACAGCUGCAGGCCUCUGUGGCAGCCAGCCAGGCUGCGGCAGCCCAGGCGGCGAAUCCUCUGGACAUUGCACUGUUGCGCGAGAAGAGCAAGCAUCUGGAUCUGCCGCUCAUCUCGGCGCUGUGCAACGAUCGCUCGCUGCUGAAGCAGACCAAGGUCAAGGUCUCCAGCCAAGCGGCAGCUGGAGGAGCAGUCAACACCACAACAGGCAGUCCAAAUACCAGCAAUGCUAGCAAUGGCAGCUCUUCGUCUAGUGCAACGGGAACAGGAACAACGGGCACGCUGAACAAGGCCGCUCGGAAUGGUGGCCGGACAACGGCAAUCAGUCAUCGCCAUCCGCAGGACAAGCUGCCGCCGUUGCCCGUGCAGCUGGCCGAGGCUAACAACUAUGUGUUGGAUCCGGCAGUGGUGAUGAAGCAUCACCACAAGAGCUACAACUCCCAGAUGCAUUCGAUGCAUCCUCAUCCGAAUUCGCAGUCACAAUCACAAACACAGUCGCAGUCACAAUCGCAAUCGCAGUCCUAAGCGCAUGUGGCAAGAAAGAGUAAGCCCGCUUGAAACUCCCUCUAACAAAGUUCCAGUGUUGUGAAAUGUGGUGGUGUUGUGCCAUUAAUUGUGUGUGUCGAUAGAGAAUUUGCAUAACGAAACGAUUAACGAUAACAAGUCGAUCACAGGGUGUUUCACGGCAGGCGCGCUUCCAAUUUCUAGACAAAGAAUGAAAGAGAGAGUGAGUAACAAGAAUUUUUGAAUAAAAGACAAGACAAUAAAAGGAAAGGACAACGACAACGACAACCUCAAAUAUGCAUUCAAAUAUAGCAACAGAGAAAACCCAGUCUAGUCACUAAAGGAAUGGGGAUGCAGAAGAGAGUGAUGGAGAGAGAAAUGACAGAGCGAAACCGUAUAAAAGACAAAUGAGAAUGAUUGUGAGAAUGGGAAGCAACAAUACUCAAGUAUAAAAUACAAAA